AUGGCGAGCAAGACCGGUGAUGACGUGGUCGUUGACGAGGACGUCGCGGAGGAUGUUGGCUACAUUGAUGUGAUGGAAGAUGGUGAUGGCGACAGCAGCGGCUUCAAGCACGAAGGCAGCCCAUCACACGACGAGGCAUCCACCACAACAUCCACCGCAACGCAACCCGGUGAUCCAGGCACUGUGACAUCAGCAUCAACACGAAAGACACGGGACAAGGGGCCAAAGCAACAGGCAACCGAAGGAAAGAACAUGAAAGGGACUCCCGCCACCACGGGUCGACGCACGAGCGGCGCCGACCUCCUCAAGAAGAUGCGCGUGAACUUGAAAGGAAAGCUGAUGGACACAGACAUGGACUACGUGCUUGCGAGCCUGCAGUGGGCACGUCCGCCAUUUGGCGUGCUGUGUACAACCAUCAAGAAUGCCCCGCAUGCAUGGCUGGACGAGUUCUUGUCACGCGACGGGCUUGUCGCCAUCGUCUCCGCCAUCCAGAACAUGAUGGGGGACGACAGCCCGAGCCUUGACCAGGCGGUGCACAUUGAGCACGGUGUGCGCUGCGUGUCUGCGGUGAUGAACCACCGCGCCGGUAUCGACGCCCUCAUUGACGGCGGACAGCCCGCGAUCAACAACCUGACGGUGCUGCUUGCGGCGAAGCAGCCUGUGGUGAAGAAGCUGAUAUGGGAGCUGCUCUCCGUCCUCUGCAUGUACUCCUCACACGCGUGUGGGCUUGUGCUGGACUCAUUUUCUCUGUUCGAGGCAAACGACGACGACGCUGGUGGUGGUGAUGAUGGUAAUGGCAGUGCCGGCAUUGAUUUGCACAGUGGAUUUGAGGACCCGCUUCGGCUCAUCAUUCAGGAGCUACAAGUCACGGCCCAUUCUGACGCGUACUUGACGGCGGUGCUUGGGUUUGUCAACGCGUUGCUGCGCGGCACACCGGAGCUGGCUGCCCGCCUCCAAGUUAGGCGGCGGCUGCUCGCGCUUGGGCUGUUGGAGGUGCUCGAGUCUUUGCGCGUGCGCAUCGAAUCCCCGGAUUUUCUUCUGCAGGCCGACGUCUUCCAGCAGCACUACUUUGCAGACAUCAACAGCGCGACAGAGACGUAUUCCCUGGACACGAGCAAUCCGUUUGAAACGUUUGCUGCGCUGAACCGAAAGCUGCGUGACGAUCAAGUGCGGAAACUCUUCACGUCCGUUAUUGCGCAAUUGCUGUCCAUGGACGAUAAUCAGCCGACAGAGGUGGCGGCGGAGGUGUGGAAGUUCAUUCUGCACCAGGUCACCAAAGCAACAUCCAUCACUCCCAUUGCCGGCCGGGGGAGCGAGCACGCGGUGUCGUCGCGAUUGCGGACGCUGCGACGGCAGACGAGCUCUGAAUUUGAACUGUUGAAGGAGAAGAUCAUGACACCGUCAUCGCCGACCAUCAGCAGGCAGGGCUCCGAGGCCAGCGACAUCUCAGGCGCUGCGCACCCGACGUCGCCGUCGUUCCGGCACCUGCGGGCCAAGUUGAAGCGCCAGUCCACCCGCCUGCCCGAGCAUGUCGUCCGAAGUCUCCACAAACUUCUGCCUGGCGACGAAGAUGUCGCAAUGCUAAACGCAUUUGAUGGCGAUCCAGCCCAGCUCAACAAUGCAGAGCGGUUCCUGUACAAGCUCGUCAAGAUUCCUCUUUUCCGGGAACGCGUCCGCGCUCUCGAACUCUCGCUGGACUUUGGGGAGCGGCACAACAGCGCGUACAGCGAUUUGACUGCGUAUCAGACGGUGUUGGAUGACAUCAACUCGUCCACGUCGUUCCAGUUUCUCCUGUUUUACGUUCGCGAAGUCGGCAACUUUGUCAACUACGGCGGGUACGCGGGCGGCACACACGCAUUUACGGUAAGCUCGCUGCUGAAGCUGCGGGAUGUCAAGUCCAACGAGCAAGGCCGCACGCUCCUCCACGCCAUCACAGAGCAGCUUGGCAAACACCACCCGGACGUGUUGGUGGACCUCAAGUCCUUGCAUGUCUCGCUGCGCCAGUUGCCCAAGGUCGAUUUGGACACGCUGAAGGCAGACAUCACUGCCCUCGAGUCAACGCUUCGCUCGUGCGCGAAACGGAUCAUUGGCUCUGAUAUCGAGGAGAGGUUCAAGACGUUCUUUGAUUCGGCGACGGAAAAAGUGGAGAAGCUGAAGGAGAUGCUGAACACGGUCACGUCGACGCUCAAGGAUGUUGCACGGUUUUACUUCCAUGAGGAGGACUCGCUGCUUGGGGACGUCGCGUCCGUGUGCGGAAUGAUUGUCCAGGCGGACGAGGACAACGUCAAACUCGCAGAGAAACGAGAACGGCAGAAGCAGCAAGAGAAACAGCGCAAGGAGGAGGAAGAGCGAAAGGCGCAGCGUAAGCGAGAGCAGGAGGAAAAACGCCAGUCGGAAUCAGACGCCAGCGACGAUAGCGGCGUUGUUGACGAUUUGCUCAACCACUUGCGCGGCGGAUUCUCGACACCGCUGCCGAAACACCGACGGACACGCCGAACCAGAGGCGGAAAGCGAGGCACGCUCAUCCAAAAGGCGGCGUAGCAAUCGCGAUGCCACACACACACACACACACACACACACACACACACACAAACGCACACAAACACCCAGACAUACAGACACAGAC